AUGGCUCUGAGAUGGCAGGCCGGGCUGUCCAUCGCUGCCAUACUCUUCAUGUGCACCGAAGAUACUCUGAGCAUGGGAGACCGGACCAUGGACACCAUGGAGAGACACGGAGUCCAGGGUAGACCUCGGCAGCAGCUCCUGGACUCCGGGCUGAAAGCAAAACCGGAUCCAAAUUUCGACUUCAAUCAGCCCACGAAUGUCACCGCCCUCGUGGGAAAAUCGGCCUACCUCACCUGCCGAGUCAGGAAUCUCGGCGACAAGAUCGUGUCCUGGGUGAGGCACAGGGACAUCCACAUCCUGACUGCCGGGGCCUACACCUACACCAGCGACCAGCGGUUUCAGGCCCUCCAUCGGCAGAAUUCGGGCCCGAACAACGAGUGGUCCGAGUGGACACUUUGCAUCAAAUGGGCCCAAGAACGGGACCAGGGGAUCUACGAGUGCCAGAUCUCCACCGUCCCCCUCAAAGCCCAUCAAUUUCACCUAAACGUCGUCGUUCCUACGGCCACCAUCUUGGGAGGUCCAGAGCUGUACGUGGGCGCUGGCAGCACGAUAAACCUCACCUGCGCCAUUCACUUCAGCUCGGAGCCGCCCGCCUACAUCUUCUGGUACUACAACAAGAACGUGCUGAGCUACGACAGUCCCAGGGGUGGAGUUUCGGUGAUAACCGAGAAAGGAAGCGACGUCACGACAUCCUGGCUACUCAUUCAGGCGGCACAGCCCUCGGACUCCGGGGAGUACAGUUGCACGCCGAGCAACGCCAACACCACUUCCGUCAGGGUCCACGUCCUGAACGGAGAGCGACCCGAGGCGAUGCAGACAGGAACCGCGGGGCCGAUCCUGUCCUCGAGCUGCCUCCUGGUGUCCCUGAUCAUUUUGUACAUAUCCUCGGCGUAAGGAAGGACACGCCGACUCGAUGGAAAACGACCGA